UCAUCUGUUUUGUUCACAUCGUCUGUAUAAACUAUCUGAGCAAACAUGACUGGUCGUGGAAAGGGAGGAAAGGGAUUGGGAAAAGGAGGAGCCAAGCGCCAUAGAAAAGUUCUUCGAGAUAACAUCCAAGGAAUCACCAAGCCUGCCAUUCGUCGUCUGGCUCGUCGUGGUGGUGUCAAGCGUAUAUCUGGCUUGAUUUACGAAGAAACUCGUGGCGUCUUGAAAGUCUUCCUUGAAAACGUAAUCCGAGAUGCUGUCACCUAUACCGAGCACGCAAAAAGGAAAACAGUUACUGCUAUGGAUGUAGUCUAUGCCCUUAAGAGGCAAGGACGCACCCUCUAUGGUUUCGGUGGUUAAGUCAUCGGACUUGACAUACGUCUAUAAUAUCAGACAAACCGUAAAACAAAACGGCCCUUUUCAGGGCCCCAAUAUUUUUAUACGUUUUGGAAUGGUAUUCGUUUACUUAGAUUUAUUAUACUAAAUAUUUACAAGGAUAUCUUCUUCAGAGGCAGUACUUAAAAAAUGUUGUUCAAUAUUCUUAAUAGCCGCCUAUAAAUUAUUUUUAAUUUUAAUCCAAUUGUUUCAAUGAAUUAAAUUAGGCAAUACUACGCGCCAUGAAAUACCUUAAAAGACGCCAAGGUUUUUGUAGAGCAUAAUGAGAAAAGAUAGGCUAAUAUAACAUGUUGAGAGAUAUAUUCAGUUUCUGUCAAUUGAAAUUUAUGCCACGUUUUAAAAUCCAUUGUAAGACUAAAGCAUAAACAGACUCAAAUGUUACUGAAUUAAUGAAACUGCAAUGCUAUUUAUGCUUGCACAGAAAUGUAUCUGUACUUUAAAUUAUUGGAAGAACCACAACUUGUGAAGAGAUUAAUACAGCAGAAAUUGUUUUGAAAAA